UAUGUUAAUAUAUGUAUUUCAUAUUUCGUUUGUUUACAUGCAGAAAACGUUAAGCAAAAGUAACUUAUUUUUAAAUAUACAUCCAUAAUAAUUAAUAAUGUCUUUGGCGGAAGAACUUCUGGCUGAUCUCGAGGAAAAUGAUGAUGCGGAGGAGUUUAUGGAAGAAGAGGAACCGGAUUAUAUACCGGCAGCGGUUGUUAAGCCGAUUGAAGAAGAGAUAAAAGUAGCUUCUGUCCGGGAGCUAGCAAAGCUUCGUGACUCUGAUGAAUUACAGAGAGUCAUGUCUCAAAUAGAGAAAUACAGUAAGAUUCCUAGAAAAUCAUCAGAGAUUAUUGGACCUGUUGAAUCUGAUCCAGAAUAUCAAUUAAUUGUAGAAGCUAAUAAUUUAGCUGUUGAAAUUGAUGAUGAAAUAGCAACGAUUCAUAGAUUUACAAGAGAUAAAUAUUCUAAAAGAUUUCCAGAGCUUGAAUCUCUUGUUGUGGGUCCAUUAGAAUACGUCAUGACAGUACGAGAGUUAGGCAAUGAUUUAGAUAGAGCAAAAAAUAAUGAAACACUACAACAAUUUCUCACACAGGCAACUAUUAUGGUUGUCUCUGUUACUGCAUCAACAACUCAAGGGCAACUUUUAACAGAGGAGGAGAAGCAAGCUAUUUGCGAAGCUUGUGACAUGGCAGUAGAAUUGAAUAAUUGUAAAUUAAAAAUAUUUGAAUACGUUGAAAGCAGAAUGGCAUUUAUUGCUCCAAACCUGUCGAUAAUUGUUGGAGCAUCAACAGCUGCAAAAAUAAUGGGGGUUGCCGGAGGUUUAACAAAACUAUCAAGAAUGCCAGCAUGUAAUCUUUUAGUCUUGGGAUCUCAGAAAACUACGCUGUCUGGAUUUUCACAAGUUGCUACAUUACCUCAUACAGGAUUCAUUUACUAUUCUGAUAUUGUACAAGAUACGCCACCAGAUCUACGAAGAAAAGCUGCAAGGAUAGUUGCGGGAAAAAGUAUGUUAGCAGCUAGAGUAGAUGCCAGUCAUGAAGAUUCAGAUGGCGGAUUCGGUCAUAGGUUACGGGAAGAAAUCGAGAAAAAACUGGAUAAGCUCCAGGAACCACCCCCUGUGAAAUUCGCAAAGCCCUUACCAAAGCCCAUCGAUCCUGGUCGAAAGAAGCGCGGAGGUAAACGUGUGCGAAAAAUGAAAGAACGAUAUGCUAUUACUGAAUUACGAAAACAUGCAAACCGUAUGAAUUUCGCUGACAUCGAACAUGAUGCUUAUCAAGAGGAUCUUGGGUAUUCUCGCGGUACCAUAGGAAAGGCGGGUACGGGACGCAUUCGAUUGCCGCAGAUCGACGAGAAAACAAAAGUUCGAAUAUCUAAAGCUCUACAGAAGAAUUUACAAAAACAACAACAGUGGGGUGGCAGUACGACCGUCAAAAAACAAGUUUCCGGUACCGCAUCCAGUGUAGCGUUCACACCUCUACAGGGUUUGGAAAUUGUCAAUCCGCAAGCUGCAGAGAAAAAGGUCAACGAGGCCAAUGCAAAAUACUUUUCGAACACUGCUGGUUUUUUAAAAGUCAAGAAGACAUAAUUCUACUUACAUUCUAUAAUUUAAAGGUUGAUGCACAUCAUCCUCAUUUCUCAACGGUUGAUUGUAAAUUUUAUUCAUGUAAAUGUGUACAACUGUGAUACAACAAUAUUCUCCACGAGAAUGACAUUAUUAACAACAUAAUGUACUUUGCACACGAGUGUGACAAACUUCACGAUCUGCAUAUAAUGUUCGCUUUAUUGCACCAGUAUCGCAUAAUAUUUUCUAUAACGAAUGCAUGAGAAGUGCUACUUUUCGUGACUCCAAAGUGAAGGCGUAUGGUGACAGCGUCCGAGAACAAAACCCUACGCAGUGUGAGAAGUGCGUGCGAGAAGAAAGCACUAGUGCGAAAAGUAAAAUUGGGCUGACAUGCGCAUGCGCAGCAUUUUUAUUGUAUCCUUAGUUAUAAAGCGUCAUUUACGCCACACUUUGGAGGCACAAGUAGCACUUCUCAUGCAUGAGUUACAUAAAGAAUGUUCUUCUAUGUCUCAUUAUAAUGUUCUAUGAAAUGAUUCAAUAAUGCUUGUUCAAUUUACAGAAAAUCCUUCAAGUAUAGAAAUGAAAGUGAAGAACUGAUUCUAUUCUGAAUUAUCCAAAAACCUAAAAUAGUGUGUACCAUUAUGUUCAUUGGAAAGUCUAAUGAUGUUUUUAUUGAUAAAAUAUCAAACUGACUUUGAAUGACUUUCCAUUAAACAUAUGUGCACGGAAAUUCUUUCUCGUAAAAAAAAAAAACGUUUUUUGUCUUUUAACACUGACAGUCUUUUGAAUCAGGUGCAGAAAAUAAAAAUCAAGUUUACUCUCGCUACAAA